AUGGCAUCCUCCUCGCCGCCACACGUCGUCGAGGACAUGCCCCAUGUCCUCCAGCUUCUCAGCGACGGCACGGUGGUCCGGUUCGCCGACUACGACACGCUCCCUCCCCCGUCCGUGCCUCCCGCGCUGCCCGUCCAGUGGAAGGAUGUCGUGUACGACGCCACCCACGGCCACGGCCUCAAGCUGCGCGUGUACAGACCGCCGCCGGCCUCCUGCGGUAAGAAGCUGCCAGUGCUCGUCUACUUCCACGGCGGCGGGUACGUCCUCGGCACCUUCGCGCUGCCCAACUUCCACGCCUGCUGCCUCCGCCUGGCCGGCGAGCUCCCGGCCGUCGUCCUCUCCGCCGACUACCGCCUCGCACCGGAGCACCGCCUCCCCGCGGCCCUCGACGACGCGGCGGCCGUCAUGUGCUGGGUGCGCGCUCAGGCCGUCGCGGCGGGAGGAGACCCCUGGCUCGCCGAGUCGGCUGACCUGGGCCGGGUGUUCGUCGCCGGUGACUCGGCGGGCGGGAACAUCGUCCACCACACCGCCGUCCGCCUCGGCUCGGGCGAGCUCCCCGGGCUCGACCCGGUGCGCGUCGCCGGGCACGUCAUGCUCUGCCCGUUCUUCGGCGGGGCGGAGAGGACGGCGUCCGAGGCGGAGUUCCCGCCCGGCCCGUUCCUGACGCUGCCGUGGUACGACCAGGCGUGGCGGCUGGCGCUGCCCCCGGGAGCCACGAGGGACCACCCGUUCGCGAACCCGUUCGGUCCGGAGAGCCCCGCGCUGGGCCUGGGCCUGGGCGGCGUCGCGCUCCCGCCGACGCUCGUCGUGGCCGCGGAGCGGGACCUGCUGCGCGACCGCCAGGCGCACUACGUCGCGCGGCUCAAGGCGAUGGGACAGCCCGUGGAGCACGUUGAAUUCGAGGGUCAGCACCACGGGUUCUUCACCGUGGAGCCGGCCGGCGACGCCGGCAGCGAGGUGGUCCGGCUCGUCAAGCGGUUCGUGUAUGGCAACUCCAACUCCAGUUUCGACCGCUACAAAGUUUCUCUCUCACAACGAUCAGUCAGUUUUAGUUAAGUUUCAGACCAGCGAACGGAUCCACUCGACUACUUGAGCCUUGAGCCUGUCCCCACGUGGCAUCAUGACCUUUGUUGUUUAACACGAGCACUUGUGUCAUGGUUGUAG